AUGGAGAUAGAGGAGGAGGUCAUCAACCUCACAAAGGCUCAAGAUGUCAACACCGCCUUAGAACGAUACACGAUGGUAGAACCGCGUGCUCGGUUACAAAAGCUCAUCGAACACAUUCAACGCCUUCAAGAAAAGUAUACUCCGGGAACACCGAAUUCUCAACUACAACUCUUGGUGUUGGAGUUGCUUGCGGUCAAGGAAAGGGCACUGACUGAGGAGUUGGCACGGCUUGAAGCGAUGCCCGAACAUCAAGAUCCAAUAAACUCACCGCCUCCUGAGGAUGUUGGCGGUCAAAAUCUGACCGAUGAAGAGCUAUCCUCUCCUCCACCGGAUCAGACGAUCAACAUGACCGAAGUCAGGACAGAGACACCUCUCACCGACCAUCGAGCAUCUGCUCAAGCCGGGGAUUCGGAACCGGCCAUAACGGAAGAGAGGGUCAAAACUCUCAUUGAAGAAUUUAUCAACGACGCAGUUCAGCCUUGGAAGAAGAAAAUUAAGGAAACCGCGGUUAAAGCAGUCGAGAUAGCUGAGACGACAAAGGAUGAUCUAAACAAGGCGGUCGAUCGGAUCACGUUGGUUGAAACGAAUACGGAUCGACUGUACAACGGUCAACUUGAUCAAACCAAGGCAUUGGAGUACUUAACUCCGAAGCUGGUGGACGACCUCACUUCGGUCAGCCAAAGGGUCGAUGAGGACCUGGCUCGGUCAAGUGCCCAAGCCGGAUCAACACUUGACAGGUUAAUCAACCUUGAGGAAAAGAAUACAACCCUUGAAGAAAAGAACGCAAAGCUUGAAGCCGAUCUAAAGGCGGUCACCGAACAGGUGGCAGAGUUAAUAGAGGCUAAGUUGGCUUCCGAUAAAGCAAUUGAGGAGGCGAAUGCUCCCGCGGCUCAGAAACUUCAAGAUGCGCUAGACGAGCAGACCCGUAUACAGAAGGAAGCGGUAGCGGCUGAUGCGAACAUAGCCGGUCAUAUGCAAAACCUAGCGGUCAAUGCACCGGCCAUCGCAAAGACCAUAGCGGCUCAACAAGCCAAAGAUGCUCUACGGCUAAGGGCUCAAUAG